AUGGCUACUACAUGGUUCCACGAACUGCCAUAUGGUGGAUGGCGCGAGUAUCACGUCAAGGAGUUCAGCAAAGUAUCCAAGGACCCCAAGGAGUGGGUACUGUACGAAGAAGGCGACUUGCCAAAGGACGAAGGCCAAGGUGUCAAGCGCAAGGGACCGACGCUACGCUCCGAAAAGGAAAAGAAGAUGAAGACGCACGACGCCAUUAUCGACAUGCGAAAACGUUUGGAAGCCGGUGAAGCGGAGAAUGGGUUCGAACUUUAUCCAAGCAACUACAUGAUUUACGGCGAGCGUAUCAAGGCCAUGGUGCACCAGAAGAAGAAAGCUUUCUUCGGGAAGCACACGGACCCUCAUCUGUACCUCUUUGGAUUUCCUGGCAUGGGCAAGACGUCACUUUUGCAAUUCAUCCACGGCAACUACUACAAGAAGAACCUCGACAACAAGUUUUGUGACCUGUACGACGAAAACGUCCACACCCAUGUUAUGCUCGAAGACCUGGAUUCUAUGGUCAUUGAUAAACUGGGCUACAAGACACCACAACUCACCCGUGCAACGAUCCUCGUCACGUCCAACCAGAACAUCGACGAACUCAUGAACUCAUCGGACGAAGUCAAGCUAGUCGAGUCCACGAAGGCUGCCCUCUUGCGUCGUUUCUAUCAACUUCGUGUGGACCAAUUGCAGCGCAUGCUUGGACUGAAGCUCAUUCCCGACUACGACCGCAAAAUGUUGAAGAAAAAUGGCAACGAAGACUCCUCCAAGCUCUACAUGGACUACGACUAUAUUGCCGAUUGUCCCACUGGCCUUCCGUUGAAGGAACCAGAGGUGUAUCGCCAGUUGAUUUGUGAUGCGUAUUACAAGUAA